AUGGCAGGCUCCACCACGAAGGAGAGACUGGGCUGGCUCUUGAAGACUGAAAAUGAGUUUGCCAAGUGGUUGGUGGCUGUGGUGACAGAAAAAGCCAGAAGACCAGAGCAUGUGUGCCUGGUGGAAGAUGCAAGCAAAACCACAGAGUCCCACCUGUUACGGGGCGCGGCCACCGUGGGUGGGGGUCUGGAUGAGCAAGAGGAGAGGGCAGGGCCGUCUUCCCGGCCCGAGGUGCUACGCCCUGUGGGCAUUGUCGUGCUGCACCACACCCAAUGCGCUGGCGGCCCGGGGCGCCCGGCUAGGGCACUGCAGCCCGGGAGCGACAUCCACCGGCGGAGCCAGCCCGUGGUGCCUGAGGCCGUAUCGCCGCCCCCGCCUCGCCAGGCCCGCGAGGGAGCACCCCGGGAGGGCCGGGGGCGGCCGCGGCGGCGAGAGUUGCCACUCCUGGUCGCGGAGGGCGGCGGCAGGGGGAGGACUGCAGGGCCCGCGGCCGGGGACUCCGCGCCGCCUCUGAGCGGGCCCGCGUUCGCCGGCGCUCCGGGCACUGCGCUCGCUCCGCUUCGCCGCCCGCCCGCCGGCCGUGGCGAGCACAACCCACCCUUCGCCGGCCCUUCCUCGGCGCUCAGGUGCGAGCGCGGGGCCCCGCCGCAGCGCCCGCCGCAGCGCCGCGGCAAGCCGCACUCGGCUUCGCUCCCGGGGCUCCGGAGCCUUCGCUUCCGUCUCGGCCAAGUUGCGUCGACCGGCCCUUUCGCCACCUUCCCCGCCCGGGGGCCAAGCCACCGCUGCCGCUGCUUUCACUUCAUCCGAGCGGGGGCUGCGGGGGCUGCGGGGCCGCAACCCGGAGAGGAUGGGGAGAAGGCUGCAGAUGCCGAGGCGCCCCGAUACGCCCGUGCGGCAGUGACCCGCCAACCCGCGCCUCGCCCCACGCGCUUCUCCGCCCCCGGCGGCUCGCAGGACACCUGCACGUCGUGUGGCGGCUUCCGGCGGCCCGAGGAGCUGGGCCGGGUGGACGGCGACUUCCUGGAGGCGGUGAAGCGGCACAUCUUGAGCCGCCUGCAGAUGCGGGGCCGGCCCAACAUCACGCACGCCGUGCCCAAGGCCGCCAUGGUCACGGCCCUGCGCAAGCUGCACGCUGGCAAGGUGCGCGAGGACGGCCGCGUGGAGAUCCCGCACCUCGACGGCCACGCCAGCCCGGGCGCCGACGGCCAGGAGCGCGUCUCGGAAAUCAUCAGCUUCGCGGAGACAGAUGGCCUCGCCUCCUCCCGGGUCCGCCUGUACUUCUUCAUCUCCAAUGAAGGCAACCAGAACCUGUUUGUGGUGCAGGCCAGCCUGUGGCUUUACCUGAAGCUGCUGCCGUACGUCCUGGAGAAGGGCAGUCGGCGGAAGGUGCGGGUCAAGGUGUACUUCCAGGAGCAGGGCCGCGGAGACCGAUGGAAUGUGGUUGAGAAGAAGGUGGACCUCAAGCGCAGUGGCUGGCACACCUUCCCGCUCACCGAGGCCAUCCAGGCCUUGUUCGAGCGGGGCGAGCGACGACUCAACCUGGAUGUGCAGUGCGACGGCUGCCGGGAGCUGGCCGUGGUGCCCGUGUUCGUGGACCCCGGCGAGGAGUCGCACCGGCCCUUUGUGGUUGUGCAGGCGCGGCUGGGUGACAGCAGGCACCGCAUUCGCAAGCGGGGCCUGGAGUGCGAUGGCCGGACCAAUCUCUGUUGCCGGCAACAGUUCUUCAUCGACUUCCGCCUCAUCGGCUGGAACGACUGGAUCAUCGCACCCAUCGGCUACUACGGGAACUACUGUGAGGGUAGCUGCCCAGCCUACCUGGCGGGGGUCCCUGGCUCUGCCUCCUCCUUCCACACAGCUGUGGUGAACCAGUACCGCAUGCGGGGCCUGAACCCGGGCACGGUGAACUCCUGCUGCAUCCCCACCAAGCUGAGCACCAUGUCCAUGCUCUACUUCGACGAUGAGUACAACAUUGUCAAGCGGGACGUGCCCAACAUGAUCGUGGAGGAGUGCGGCUGUGCCUGACGACGGGGCUGCAGUGGUGGGGCACGGGGACAGUCCCGGAUGGGCUUCUUCCAUCCCCUGUGGGAACGGGGUGCACGGUGCGCUGAGCGUGGUCGUUCCAUUGGGCUGCCCAGAAGGUGCCAGGGUGAAGCCUGAAAUAUUUUCCUACUGCUUCAUCGAGCAAUCAGUCAAAACUGGAGUGAGAACCCUCAACUGACAUGAAAUACUUUAAAAUGCACACGUAGACACGCACAGCCCGAUGCAUCCUGCCACCCACACAGCAGCCUCCAGGAUACCAGCAAAUGGAUGCGGUGACAAAUGGCAGCUUAGCUACAAACGCCUGUCAGUUGGAGAGAAUGGGGUGAACAGCCCCCAUUCCCACCAGCUGGCCCGGCCACUCUGAAUUGCGCCUUCCGAGCACACAUAAAAGCACAAAGACAGAGAUGCACGGAGAGAGAGAGCACGGGAGCCACUGAGAGGAAAAGCAGAGGCAAGGGUGGGGAUCGUGCAGGCAGGGGGAGGGCUGCAUGAAUCCCUCCACUUGGGCAAGGUCUGCCAUGCCUCAGCAUCUCCUGGCUCAAACUUGUGGGCUCCCUCCCGCCUGGGAUCCUUCAUGCUCUGGGACCCAGAGAGCCUGUCCUUUCUCCUCCUUGUAGAGGGAAGGAGGCCCAGAAAGGACCUAACCUGCCAGAGACCGUGGACCAGUGACAAUGACGGUUUGACUGUUGCUUGGGUCCCUGGCGUGACUUAUGUGUGUGUUUGUUUUGGGGGUGGGGAGGGAGGGAGAGGAGAAGGGUCUUAAUUUGAUGCUUUAACUGAUCACUAGCAGUUGAUAGGUCAUUCAUUCCAGUUGUAUAGUUGAAAAGGGACUUUUCUACCAGGUGUGACCUUUUAAGUUAAAAUCUGAAUUGUUCUAAAUGGGAAGAAAACAAGUUGCAAUCUAUGCCCUUCACUGGGGAUAUUCCUCUAGGACUGGUUGGAGAGGGGUGGAAAUGACCCCUAGGCAAGAGGCUGAGCCCAGAGGAGGAAAUGUUGGGGUGGAGGCAUUCUGGGAAUGCUGGGGGGUGGGGUGCCCCCUCAGCAUGGGGCAAUGGAGGAGAGCAGUUUAGCUGGUCUUGGAGAGAUGAGGAAGGCUUUCAGCUGCUUUGCAGAAGUUGCCUGUGGGGGCCCCGGUCACCGCAGGGGCCCCGCCCGCUCGCCUGCCGCCUGCCCCUCCUAGCACUUGCAGAGCUGCCUGAACGCACACCAUAGAGCACUUACCCCGCUGCGUGUGUCCAGAAGUGGCCCUUGGCAGAGCACUGACCUCGCUCACCCCUAGAUGUCCAAGUGCCAUGUGAACUAUGCAAUUUAAAGGGUUGACCCCACACUAGACGAAACUGGACUCGUACGACUCUUUUUAUAUUUUUUAUACUUGAAAUGAAAUCCUUUGCUUCUUUUUUAAGCGAAUGAUUGCUUUUAAUGUUUGCACUGAUUUAGUUGCAUGAUUAGUCAGAAACUGCCGUUUGAAAAAAGAAGUUAUUUUUAUAGCAGCAAAAAAAAAAAA